AUUAGAUUAAGACAGUUAAUAUUAAUGACCUUAUAAGCUAUCAACUUCAGUUGUGGCGAGACUGUUUCACUCUUAAAUAGAAGUUUCAGGUUUGAGUCAUGAAAUUCUGUUGGGAGCGUUACCCAUUCCGCAAUGCGCGAUUUAAAUUAGAAUCGAAAUUUUAAUAUAGGCUUCGAACACUAAACAAAAACAAAAAAAAUGACAUUAUAAGCUAAGUCCAAGAUUGCAUUAAUCUCAUUGAAAGGUUAUAAGUAUAUUUUAAUUCAUUAUUGCAUGAACUUGGUCCCUCUUCUUAGUUGUACUUUGCCUGUUGGUUGGUCCCACAAUUUAUAAAUUAAUCAUUUGGAAUUAUGGAAAUAUAUUAAAGAAAUCAAGUUAAUCUUUUACUAAACAUUCUUUUAAUUCUUUUGUAAUCUUCUCUAGUAUAAAUAUUACAAACUUAUAGCUCAUAAUUCCCAAGUGCCAAUUAGAUCAUCCUGAAAAGCUUAUCAGUUGACAAUAUUUUCUACAUUUUUAACCAAAAGAAAUGGAACAUGUUGGAGCUUUUUUUGAUGAAGAAUGGGAGUCAUUGAGCAAAUUAUUCUCUAGUACUGAAACUGCAGAUUUCAUGCUGCAAUUGCAAGGUGAUCAUGGAAGUAUGUUCUCGAUGAAUGGUAGCGAUAAUGCUGGCUCGAGCUAUAGGACUGAUAAUCCACAAGUAGCAUUCUCUCAAUUGUCUGAUGAAGUUAACAAUAACUUUCAAUAUUUAUCUCAAGAAAGUAGCAUUACUAGCUGCGGAAGUGAUCAUGGAAUGUUUUUUACUAACCCGAGCCACGACCAUCUGCAGCAUUCUAACAACAUUGAUGAUGUUAACAAUAAGCUUCUUCAAGUAGCAAUCAACAACAACCUUCCUGAUGAGUAUCAGUCCAUUGAUUUCUUCGAUAUGGACAGCAAAAAUCUUGAAAAUUUGUGUAUUAAUCAAGAUUUUCAAGCUGAAAUGGUAUGCGAUCAAUUGGACAAUGCUGGGAUAUCCCCUGUUCCACACAAGGAAAUGCAAUUGAAAAGGAAAUGUGACAAAAUAGCACAUGAAAAUCCCAAGAAGAAAUCGCGGGGUUCACAAGAUGCACAGAAAAGUACUAAGAAAAAGAUGCAGCCAAAAAAGGGGAAAAAGAAUCAGAAAAUGACUCAAAUUAACAAUGAAGAAGGAGAAGAAGAGACUAACAACAAUGCAGAUAACCAAAUUGCUCAAAGCUCGAGUUGCUGCAGCUCUGAGGAUGAUUCUAAUGCAUCUCAAGAACUAAAUGGAGGCACGGUAUCUUCAAACCCCAAAGGAAAGUCAAGAGCUAGCAGAGGAGCUGCAACAGAUCCACAAAGCCUUUAUGCAAGGAGAAGAAGAGAAAGAAUUAACGAAAGAUUGAGAAUCUUGCAGAACCUUGUUCCUAAUGGCACAAAGGUUGACAUUAGCACAAUGCUUGAAGAAGCAGUUACCUAUGUGAAGUUUUUGCAGCUUCAAAUUAAGUUACUGAGCUCAGAUGAACUUUGGAUGUAUGCACCACUUGCUUAUCAUGGAAUGGACAUUGGCAUCUAUCAAAAAAUGCUACCAAAUAUGCAAUGACUUUAGAAGCGACAUGAAUUGUUGCAAUUUUUUAUCAAGUAUUUACUUAUAAAUAACAGAUCACAACAGAAACCCCCAAAUAUGCUGACUACGUACAAAAAAAAAAUACAUCUAUCAUUUCUUCUUGAUCAUGAGGAAUAAUUCUCAUGUUUUAUAAAGUAAUAUUAUAAAGUUCUUUGCUCACAUUGUCCAAGGAAGAAUUAUGAAUGGGUAAAAUUUUAUUCGUACUUGCUAUUGAUAUCAAAUCACAGUAAUUCAUCGGUGUGACUUAGUAAUCAAUAAUGUACUCGAUAAUUGAAGUUAACGCAAGUCAAUACCUUCUUUGAUCAUUGAGUACACUGUUGACUUUUCAUCAACUUAUCAUAUACAAAGAACCACCGGAGUCUUAAAAACUACAAUGAGAACCAAGGUCAACUCAUCAUCAGGUUAACUAUGAGAAGCGGUCAAUCCAAGGCUAUUUCGAGAUUCUCACUCACUGAAAGUUCUUUUUUAAUCAAAAAAUAAAUUCUUGUUCGGAGCAUAUCUAUAUAUUCGAAAGAAGUAAAUUAUUGAUGGUUAAUAAAUGAAUAUAAGGAAUCUUUUUGUAAAUAAAAAUCGUUUAAAAUGAUAUCGGUAUCCUCAUAGCGAGUAACGCAACACCAAUAAAGAGGAAAACAACUAUUUAUAACCGAAAGAGAAAAAAAAGAGUUCCGUAAACACCUACUCCUUCA